CUCAGCCUGAAGGAGAUUAAGGGCGGGGCUGGGCAGGAGAGUGCCCAGGGCUGACUGGUCGCUCUAGGCCUCUCGUCCACCUCCAGCCGCUGGUGCUCCAGAGGGUGGCGAGGUCUGCAUCUGCCAGGCCCAUGGCGGCUUCCACAGCUCUGUCAGCAGUGGCAGCGGUGGCGACACUGUCGGGCCUGGCAGUACGACUGUCACGCUCUGCAGCGACCCGGGGCUCUUACUGCAUCUUCUGCAAGGGGCUCACACGCACGCUUCUCACCUUCUUUGAUCUGGCCUGGAGGCUGCGCAUGAACUUCCCCUAUUUCUACAUCGUGGCCUCGGUGAUGCUCAACGUCCGCCUGCAAGUGCGGAUCGAGUGAGCGCCUGUGGCCACAGCAACCCACAGGAGGGUCCUGGGCCAGCCGGCCUGCCCGUGCGUCCACCCGCCCGCAGGGAGGACAGCGCAACCGCCCAGAUCUCCCGGAGGCGGUACGGAAAGGAGGCGGGGCGGCCCAGACCUCUGGACCCUUGAGCUCUGCGAAAGGACGCUGGCCACUGAGCCACCUAAAGCCAGACCCAGGCGUAACCUGCGCGCACCCGUCGUG